AUGGUAUUUAUAGAAAAUGACUUAUUCGGAGAAAGAAAUCAGAAAAUAAUAAGAGAAUCCUGUCCGGUUGAUCGAUCAGUGACAAUGGCGGUGUUGACGGCAAAACAAGAACCGCAAAGCAGUACUAAUGUCUCAUGUGGUGUAACAACACCAAUCAAACUUCAGAGUGCUUCAACUAGAGAAGAAUUAUCACCAGAAAAGACAAAAACUUUUGUAAGGAAAACAAUGAAAGCUGAGAGUAUUGAAGGUCCUAAUGGUGGUAGCUCCUCUUCAUGUAGACACAUCCAUUUGUUAAACAAGCCAUGUCCAGUUUCUUCUGGAGAGUUGGUGUAUGAUAGGGAAGACAAGGAAGAUGGGGAUGAAUAUAGUGUGGGAUCUUCAUCAAGAUCAAAAAGCUCAAUUAAACGAAGGAGGCCGGCCGUGCACAUGAAAGGCUUCCUUGACAAAAGGAAUUCAGCAGAUAUUUGUACUGGGUCGUAUAAGAAAAAUAUUUACAAAAAUAAAGUUUUGAUGCACAAGGGACAAAGUGAAACUGAAGAAGUUUGUGAUGAAAAUAAGGAGAAUCUGAGGUCAUCAGUAACUAGAACACACAUCCAUAAAACUCAACUAAUUGAUGAAUUGGCCAAUCAGAGACCAGCUGAAAGACGUCAUCAUAUUGUCUCAAACAAAUUUCAUGAAUCUGAUUUUUAUUUGGGUGAUUGGGUGGAUGACGAAGAAGAUAUGGUUUCAUUUGUGAAUUCAAGGUUUGGAAAAAGCGAUUCAAUUGAUGUCAAAAUCAACAGGACUAGUAAUGCAGAUUCUUCAAAGUCGAAAAUAAUUUUGAAGGGCAAAAAGAAGAGAAAUGACAAUUUUACCAAACUUUCUAAAUGUGAUUUGUCCUAUUCAUCACCAUCAUCUUCUUGUUCGUCAGCUUCCAAAAGUGAUAGCUAUAGCAGACAAAGUUCUGCAAUGAAAAACAUUAAGGCAAAUAAAAAGGAAUUCGUAACAUGUCAUCAGUGCCGAAGAGUGGAUAGAAGAAUUGUUGUUCCUUGUACCAAGUGUAAAGUGAAUCUAUACUGCAUCCAGUGCAUUAAGCAAUGGUAUCCCACCCUGUCAGAAGAGGAAGUUUCAGAGGUUUGCCCAUUUUGCCGUGGCAAUUGCAACUGCAACUUAUGUUUACACUCAACUGGCAUUGUAAAGAUAUCUAAAAGAGAGCUCACUGAUUGUGACAAGAUUCAACAUCUGCACUAUUUUAUUAGUGAACUUCUUCCAUUCUUAAAGCAUAUUCAUCAAGAACAAAUUGAAGAAAUAGAGGUGGAGGCUAAAAUUCAGGGUGUACUACCAUCUUCGAUUGACGUAAAACAUGCGAUUUGUUAUAAUGAUGAGCGUGUCUAUUGCAACCACUGUUCAACAUCAAUCAUUGAUCUUCACCGGAGUUGCCCAAAUUGCUCCUACGAGCUAUGUCUUAGAUGUUGCAAGGAGAUUCGCAGGGGUCAGCUUCCUGGAGUUUUCAAUAAACCGGUUUUCCGAUAUGUGGGUAGAGGCUUUGAGUACAUGCACGGUGGAGACCCGCUACCAAAAUCUUUUCAGGCAGAAACUUCAGUAAAUGAUUCUGGCAUGCCUAAUGAGUGGGUUGCCAACUAUGAUGGGAAUAUCAUUUGUGCUCCAAGAGAAAUGGAUGGAUGUGGUAGUCGUAAUUUAGAACUCAAGUGUCUCCUUUCGAAAGACUGGAUUUCAAGUUUGGAAGCUCGAGCACAGAAGAUUAUAAGAAAAUUUACUGCUAGUGGUUUGAGUUGGGAACCAAUGGUUAUGUGGCGUGCAUUAGGUGAACAUACAGAUUUACGGAUCAGUUCAAGAAUGUCAGAUGUGAAGGCCAUUGAUUGCCUGGCUGGUUGUGAGGUGGAGAUUAGUACUCGUAAAUUUUUCAAAGGUUACACUGAAGGGAGAAGAUAUCGUAACUCCUGGCCUGAGAUGCUCAAACUCAAGGACUGGCCACCAUCAGAUAAGUUUGAGGAUUUAUUACCCCGCCAUUGUGAUGAGUUUAUCAGCGCACUGCCAUUUCAAGAAUACAUGGAUCCAAGGGCUGGUAUUCUUAAUCUUGCUGCCAAGUUGCCAGCAAGUGUCAUAAAACCUGACCUGGGUCCAAAGACAUAUAUUGCGUAUGGGAUCGUAGAGGAACUUGGAAGAGGAGAUUCUGUAACCAAGCUUCAUUGCGACAUGUCAGAUGCGGGAAUCUGCAGGAUAAUUAUUCUGAAUUUGUUGCAAGAAAUGUUCAUAUGUUAUAUGUCGAUAUCUAUCAAUGUUCCUUUUUGGUAUUAUGCGUUCAAUGCGCUCUUAACGCCUUUCUUAACACAAAGGACUAAGAUCAUCUUCGGUUGUCCAGCUAGGGUUACUGAAAAACUACUCAAAUACAUUGGUACAAAACAAAUUUUUUGUUUGACUAUAAGGGACCGGAAAGAAAGGCAUGUGAUCAAGCUAAAUGGGUAUGCUUUGGUGGAUUUGCUAUUGAAGCUAACGGGUUUCUUUAUCAAUGAACAUAUGUAA